AUGAAGUUCAGCUACCGAAAACUGGAAAAAAUCGAUGGUCUUGGAGAGUCAUACCAGCAAGCAUUUCGCCGUUUUCUCAGCUUGGAGCGGAAGCUGGAACGCCGUCCUGAUGUCAAGAAACAAUACUCUAACUUCAUAAAGGAGUAUCUGGAACUCAACCAUAUGUCGCUUGUACCUCCGGAUGAUAGAAUGCACUGCAGAUUCUUCCUCCCGCAUCAUUGCGUCUUUAAGGAAGAUAGCACGACCACCAAACUACGUGUCGUAUUUGAUGGAUCAGCAGCUUCAUCAUCUGGAAUUUCGUUGAAUGACACGUUGAUGGCAGGACCUACCAUACAGGCUAAACUCUUCAAUAUUCUAAUCCGUUUUCGUACCUUUGCAGUUGCUCUCACUGGAGACAUUGGGAAAAUGUAUCGCUGUGUUCGAAUAGCCAAGUCAGACAGCUAUUUGCAAUGCAUUCUCUGGCGCGGUUCUGAUCAGGAUGACAUCAGCAUCUACAAGUUGGAUACCGUAACAUACGGUACCAAACCCGCCGCUUUUCUAUCAGUUCGAGCGAUGCAUCAGUUGACCAUGGAUGAGCAGUCGACAUAUCCUGUAGGGUCUCAAAUCGUCAAACGUGAUUUCUAUGUUGAUGACCUGAUAACCGGAGGCAGUUCCAUUGAAGAAGUCGAGGAGAUUCUUCACCAAACAAAGGACUUGCUAGCGAAAGGCCACUUUAUGCUUCGAAAGUGGUGCUCCAAUAUACCAGUCGUUCUCGAAAAUGUUCCAGAAGAGGAGAAGGAAUCAUUCUUGAAGUUUCACGAUGGAAGCGACAUAACCAACACUCUCGGAUUGGCUUGGGAUCCUGCAUCAGAUGUCCUUCUUUUCUCGUACUUGCCUACGCAGUCCACGACCAAGCCAAACAAACGUUCUGUGCUCUCGACAAUAUCUCGAUUUUAUGACCCGCUUGGCCUCAUAAGCCCGGUCAUAACCAAAGCUAAAAUCUUCCUACAGGAGCUUUGGAAGGAGAAGCUACACUGGGAUGAAAGCUUGCCCGAAUCUUUAAGCUCAACAUGGUCCAGUAUAUGCCUUCAGUUUCGCAGCGUGGAAAGGACGACAUUUCCCAGAUUCGCACUACUACCAAAGGGAUCAAUCGAGAUUCAUGGGUUUUGCGAUGCUAGCAUGUCCGCCUAUGGAGCAUGCGUGUAUAUUGUAUCCAGAUCUGCUGACAAAUCCAAUGCCCAACUAUUGUGCGCCAAGUCCAGAGUAGCACCCUUAAAGACUCUGUCGAUUCCGAAGCUUGAACUGUGCGGAGCGCUUCUAUUGGCCAAUCUUCUGAGCGAGCUUCAAAAAAUGGAUAUAUUUUCAGGUCCAUACUUCUGCUGGUGCGAUUCAACCGUAGUCUUAGCUUGGCUGAAUAGUGAGUCAUCCCGAUUCACGACUUUCGUUGCUAACAGAGUAGCAUCCAUUCAGAGACUGUCUGCCGGAAUGGAAUGGCUUCACAUACCGACUACACUAAAUCCUGCUGAUAUCAUAUCCAGAGGAGCCUUGCCCAUGGAAUUGAACGCGUCCGAUCUCUGGUUUCAUGGACCUUCGUUCUUGCUGCUACCGCGAUCCAGCUGGCCGCCAUCCCCUGCCCAAGAGCAGUGCUUACUGGAGCUGCGCAAGGCAACGUGUUUGGUUUUGACGUCACCGAUUGAUCUGACAUCUACGUGCAAAAUGGUACACGCCUCCUAG